CAGCCGGGCCGGCGGGCUCCGCAGCGCGCCCCUCGUCCCAUGGAUAUAGCAACAGGUCCCGAGUCGCUGGAGAGGUGCUUCCCUCGCGGGCAGACGGACUGCGCCAAGAUGUUGGACGGCAUCAAGAUGGAGGAGCACGCCCUGCGCCCCGGACCCGCCACUCUGGGGGUGCUGCUGGGCUCCGACUGCCCGCAUCCCGCCGUCUGCGAGGGCUGCCAGCGGCCCAUCUCCGACCGCUUCCUGAUGCGAGUCAACGAGUCGUCCUGGCACGAGGAGUGUUUGCAGUGCGCGGCGUGUCAGCAAGCCCUCACCACCAGCUGCUACUUCCGGGAUCGAAAACUGUACUGCAAACAAGACUACCAACAGCUCUUCGCGGCCAAGUGCAGCGGCUGCAUGGAGAAGAUCGCCCCCACCGAGUUCGUGAUGCGGGCGCUGGAGUGCGUGUACCACCUGGGCUGCUUCUGCUGCUGCGUGUGUGAGCGGCAGCUACGCAAGGGCGACGAGUUCGUGCUCAAGGAGGGCCAGCUGCUGUGCAAGGGUGACUACGAGAAGGAGAAGGACCUGCUCAGCUCCGUGAGCCCCGACGAGUCCGACUCUGUGAAGAGCGAGGACGAAGAUGGGGACAUGAAGCCGGCCAAGGGGCAGGGCAGCCAGAGCAAGGGCAGCGGGGAUGACGGGAAGGACCCAAGGAGGCCCAAGCGACCCCGGACCAUCCUCACCACGCAGCAGCGAAGAGCCUUCAAGGCCUCCUUCGAGGUCUCAUCCAAGCCCUGCCGAAAGGUCCGAGAGACACUGGCAGCUGAGACGGGCCUCAGUGUGCGUGUGGUCCAGGUCUGGUUUCAGAACCAAAGAGCAAAGAUGAAGAAGCUGGCUCGGCGGCACCAGCAGCAGCAGGAGCAGCAGAACUCCCAGCGGCUGGGCCAGGAGGUCCUGUCCAGCCGCAUGGAGGGCAUGAUGGCCUCCUACACGCCGCUGGCCCCGCCACAGCAACAGAUCGUGGCCAUGGAGCAGAGCCCCUACGGCAGCAGCGACCCCUUCCAGCAGGGCCUCACGCCGCCCCAAAUGCCAGGGAAUGACUCCAUCUUCCACGACAUCGACAGUGAUACCUCCUUAACCAGCCUCAGUGACUGCUUCCUCGGCUCCUCAGACGUCGGCUCCCUGCAGGCCCGUGUGGGGAACCCCAUCGACCGGCUCUACUCCAUGCAGAGUUCCUACUUCGCCUCCUGAGAGCCAGCCGGGUACACGGACGCUUGGGCAGAGGCCUGGGGGGGACCGCCAGCCUCCUCAGCCAGCCUGGCCAUCCUGCCCUGCUCUCUGCACAGACUACAGACAGCCAUACGGUGCCCUCCCCUUGGCCGGCCGGGCCUGGCCACUGUGCCCAUGGGGUACAGCCAGACCGGUAGAUGGGCACAGCCUGGGCAGGGGCUGUGUCCUGCCCACAGAGACCUUGUCAUUCCCAGGGACCCAGAGCUCUCGGACGGCCACCCGCCUCCCAGCCCCACCUCGGCCUCCAUCGCCUCCUCCCCAUCUCUUUUUUGGGAAGCUUAAAUUCUCUCUAUUUUUUUAAAUGUCCUCUCUGUGUCCAUGGCCCUCCAUGCAAGCCCCCAAGACCAUGGUGUCAUGAGGCGGUGACCUGAGAAGCGUGUGCACCUGUGCCCCAGCAGGGAAGGGAUGGCCUCUGGGGGCAGGCCCACUGCCUGGAACAGGCUGGAGCAGCAAUGAGGAAGGCCCGAGGGGGAGGCACGGUCAGGAGGUGGGCUCACGGCCUGAGCCUGGCCAGGCGCGAAGGGACAGAGAGGCACAUGCAGACACGUGCACACUCGCAGGCAGACCCACGCGAACAUGCACACAGCUUUGUGGGGACACCGAAAGGGACGGGGUGCUCAGUGGGUCUGCCCUGGCCUGUCAGGGGAAAGGAGGCCAGAUAGGGAUAGGGAACCCCCACUUCUUAGCGUGAUUGGAAAGGGAGGUGAGCUUGAAGCAUGUGGACCCAGCUGUAUCCCAGCCUGGGCCCAGACGGGGGCUUCCUGAGCAGGGAGCGCAGCCCCAGGCCCCACCAACUCUGGAGGCAAAUGGAGCCCCUAGAACCAGGUAGCAUCAGGCCAGAUGGCAGAAACUCCAUGUGGUCAGGGACCUCAAAAGCACCUGCUGGGCACCCCAUCUGCAAUGUGGUCCUCUCCCCAGCCCCUCUGCCUCCCCUCACAUACCUCCAGCGACAAGGAGCUCACUACAUCCGUGAGCCAAGGCAGCUGUGCCUUCCUGCUUCCCAGAGCCAGGCUUCUCCAACUCUUCCUCUCAACACUGUUCCCCUAGCGGGCCCCCAGCCGUCCUUGCGGGGCAGGUAUCACUUCACCUUCCCGCUGCUGUCAGCCGGCCAGAAGAGAGCAGGUACAUCCCUCUCCGGCUGUGGCCCCCUGCC